UGUGUGCGUGCGUGCGUAGAGUAGAGUCUGGUUUCCAUAGUAACCGAGCAGCGUCUGUGACGUCACAAAGGGGCGGGGCCUUCUUAUAAAUAGCGGGACUUUUCAGCCUCGUGUUCAGUCGGUUUGUUGACCUCAUAGAGUUCGGAUGUGCGACGUCGUUUAUCCAGAACCCAAAGUAUUCUCAGACAGAACAGCGCGGAUCUUCUCCCGUACACAACCAGAUAAAAGGAGAGUCUAACAUGGCGGAGAAAGCUCUUCGUAAUGCAGCAGCAGGUUCUCUCUCGGAGCCUUGUGACUCUGCUAAGUCUCAGGACGUCUCCCGUUUCCUACAGAGCCUGACUGAUCGGCAACUACAAGUGAUGCUAGGCGGAAUGCAUCAAAUGUUCACGAGGGAAAAAAUCACCAGAAUGAACACAAACAUUGAGAAGAUUCUGACCACAGCAUCACAGAAGGUCGUCAUUCCGAAGCUUUGUGAAGUUCUAAAUAUGGAUGCCAGGUCGCUUUUCCUUAAGAGACCAGGAUCCUCAAACCAUUCUUUGGUGUCAGUCACCAAAGAAGUUAUGAAUGCCAUUGUGAAGACCGUCAUUGACACUCUUGAUGCAAAGAAAGAUUCUCACAUGCUUGAGCUUCGUAGAAAUGUGACAGACCAGCUCCUGGCAUCUUCAUGUGGGUCUGUUGAGCCCAGCGCUAAGAAUCUGACGUCCAAAGAUCAGGCACAACUUCGUGAAUGUGCAAAAGAUGUCAUUCUUGAGGUCUGCUCCAUCUAUCAAGCCAAAGAACUCAAGAGUGCGUCAGAUUUGUCUUGCCCUCCAAAGAUGAGCGUCACGGAUUUUGUUGAAUGUUUACUAUCCGAGCUGGGUGACACAACAACAUCCUCUCAGAGUUCACCGAUCAGUGACGAUAUCAGCUCUGAUUCAGCCUGUGGUGCAAGCAAAAGCAUGGCUGAUAAAGCACCUAAAAGAGCUAAGUCCUUUCACAGAAUUCCCAGCCUUAUGAAACUGUCAAAUAUGGCUUGCAAGAUGGAGACUUCCGUUCCUGGACAAACUCUGAGGAACGCGUCCUUAUAUGCCAAAAUCUUUGUGGAUGAGCUGUUAGUCCAACUGGACUCAUUUACAAAGUCUGAGGUAUCUGAGGAUGAUCAGUCAGUACUUGGACAAUGUUCCUCUGAUACAUCUCUCAUGUCUGAGUUGCUUGUAGACCAUUUAAUGGCUUACAUUCAAGAGGUCUCAGGUCCAUCCUUUGGAGACGGCAUACCUGCCACUGCUCUGGAUCGUCAGGUACCUUCUUUCCUUCAAAGCUUCUCAGCUAAGAGCUUCCAAAAAAUCCAGCAUGAGGAUACACGGACCAAGGCAGCUCAGGAAGUGAGUAAAAUCUUACUCAAGUCUUCAAGCUUCCUUGUAAGCCAAAGAGAUUGCAGUGUGGAACCAACUCCGUCUGAAUGUUUGGUCAAGGCAUUCGACCUCGUCGAUUCUGUCAUUGAUGGAAUUUGUGAACAUCUGGAUUCCACGAUAUUAUCCGAUGGUUUGAAAGAAACACGUUCUGAACCUUUGGAUUGGAUGGAAUCAGGUGUUGACGCCUCUGAAGGGAUUCUGUGGUACACUGCGUGUACUACUUACAACAGUGCGAUGAGACACCUAAGGGAUUUUUCUGCAAAGUAUCAGCAGAAAGCACCUAAGGUCGAUCUUUCAGAGAUCAGUGUUGGGGGAACUGUUGACAAGACAUUUCUGGCAAAUAAAGACCACCUUGGCUUGUUGUUGUCAAAUGAUCGCAGCUCAGAGGAACCAAACAUGGACAAACUUUCUUUAGAUCCAGACAGAUCUCGUCAUAUUGUGUCAUCUGAGCACACUGUUUUACUUCCUGGGACCCCUACUCCUGAGUCAUCUAAGGGUAGAGGUAAGAUAUCACACCUUCAAAGACCAUUAGUGAUGGAUGAACAUGAGCCACCCAAGAGCAGAGAGAGAGUUUCAAUGGCCUCUUUACUGGGCACCAUGAUGGCCUCCCUGGGUUUGCAGAGCUCAGGUGCUUUUAACUCUCUUGAGGAGUUAGCUGCAGCAGCAAAAAGAGUGGAGGACCUGUUUUCCACCGCAGCCCCUCAGGAGUUCGCCAAAAUGGUGCAGCUCAUACUGAUGGACAGAUUAACUUCUCUGAACAUGUCAGAGUCUGUUCUUGGCACGAGAAGACGGCAGAAACACACUGACCUACAACGGUCCUUUGCUUCUGAGUUUCUUGUCGAAUUCGCAGACGAGUCGGUAAAAUGUUUGCUCAUGUCUUGCAUGGCCCCUCGACCAGCUUCUACCACUGCUAAAGACAUUCCAAGUCUGGUCAUGCCCUUCAGAGUCACUCCUGAGAGUUUUGAGAUCUCAAGACCCCCAUCUGAGGUGUUUGCUGACACAAUGGAUCUGUUGUCCAAAGUAAUUGUGAACAGCGUGAUGGACAAAGUGUCGGCACUGUCUGAUCAUGAGUUGAAUGCUGUGGAUUCAAAUGCUGAAGAGACACCUGAAAGUGACUCACACAGCUCUGAAAAACUCAAGACAUCUCCUCCAACCAUUUCCGUGGAUGCUCUCCAUUGUUGCAUACGUGCAAUAUUACACAAAGUACAGGAGAUGUCAUCCACUGGGGUUCAUGGAUCUCCUCUCUUAAUUGAUGAGGACCAGGUCCAGAAUGUUACGGACACAGUCAAAGGAAUUUUAGCCCUUUUUACUGCUGUCACAGUAGAAGAUGGAGAACAUGCUCUCAAAAAACUUCACCGCUCCAUCAUUGAUACUGUGUAUGCAGAGGUUCUUCGGAGAAUCGGAUCCGAAAACCAGCUCAUUGAAGCUGUAAAAGCCCAGAGUGAGCUGUUGGCAGGAUCUCUGGCAGUCUCCAUCGUUAGGGCAAUUAAGAAUGCAGACCCUAAAGACUUGUACCGUCCUACGUCGGUUAAGUCUGGUUCCUCUCCCUCUAUCAAAGAGGAACCUUUGGUCUCCAGCCAGACCAUUGACGAUGUUUUGUCACCAAGCCAAGUGUCAAGCAGAUGCUUGCUUCAGUCGGACACAAAGGAUCAAGCCAGCCUGGCAACUUGGCUGGUUCUUCGAAAUCUGGCGCAGUCAGCAACACCUUCAUUAGACCUGACAAAAGAAGCGAGCUCCAAGGAUCCGAAAGAGCUGAUUGAAAGAAUUCUCAGCGAGUUCUCUGCAUCCUCUGGUGCUGCAAAGCUAGAGGAAGUUCUAAGCGGUACGUUUGUUGAGCUCCUUCAAAGGUUUGGUAAGGGAGGUUCUCUGCACAAAGCUUUGAACCCUCGGGACUCUGCCUUUGAUGAGGCCCUGAUGACUGCCUUACGGAAGCAUCUAGAUGCAGAUGCUUCAACUGCAGUGCCCGAAACAGGGAGGGCGAAGAACGGAAACUUGAAGAAGCUCAAGAACAUCAUCUUCCAUCUCAAGAUGCCACAACUCAGCAUCUUCAAAAAGAAAUCCAGAAAGGACAAUAAUGUCAGUCAUACCUCAGAUCAGGACCCUUUGCAGAGUCGCCGCACUGCUGAUAUGAGUGGAUCCAACAGUGCGACUUCAAGAAAAGAGAAGCCUAGGAGAGCGUCUAUUUUCACCAGGAUGUUCUCCUGCUUUAGGAAAUAAGCUGCCUUGUGCCCCUUUCAGUUCGUUCAUGUAUUCCAUUAACAUCUUCAUAGUCUCUCUACAUGCUCCCA